UGCACUAGUAGUUAGAAGAAUAUGCCAAUAAUGAACCGCCAAGAUUGGCAAGGAAGCUAACUUGAAAACAGCAAACAUUAAAAGAAAGAUGUUUCAGUUAUAAACUGAAGCUGUUCUAGUCUCUAGUUGCACAUGCUAAAUCAAGAAACUGGAAAAUACGCACAUGCCUGCAUUACGCAGUGAAACAGUAGUUUCCAUCUCAAAGUUGAAUAGAAAUUAACUACAAAGACAAAGCUGGUAAGACGACAUCUAGUACUGGUUUGACUCUGAUUACGUUUUCUGGAAGGGUGCAUUAUGCUCAUGGAUAAAUUUUGACCAACUUAUUCUUAGCACUAGCUAGCUAGCUACCAAAGAGAUUGUUUCAGUUCCAUCAUUACUUCUUCACUACUUAAGUGUUCACAUGUUAGAACCCCCGAAUAUGAGAUGAUAUGAUAUGCUCUGAUGAACAUGGUAUGUCUUCAGAUAGCUUUUCCCCUGAGGUUUCUUGUCUCAACUUCCCCUUAAUCUUGGAAAAAGUUUUAAGACGUUAAAAAAAGGUUUUGGUUUUUGAUUCCUUCAAGUUCUCAGGUAUAGUAAGUUUACCUAAAUUAAUAACUCUUUGCUGAUAAUUAAUAGUUGCGUUCACCCAAUUCAUGAUCUUAACAACAUGCCAUCAAAGAGUGUUGGUGUUUGUGGCUCUCAUACUUCUGAGAACUUUGUGUAAAAUCAUUCUCUCCAUGCUUUAAAACUUCUUGUCUUCUUAAAAACGAAUGUUCCCAGAAUAAAAUCAUGAUGAGUACAUACAAGUAGGUGCUACAGCAUAAUAUUAAGUAAUGAAGCAGAUUAUUUGUGAGCCACAAAGAUAAAAUUAAAAAAAAAAAAAAGGAAACGACACAAGUGAAGUCGUUUCAAACAGAGGAUUUAUUCCACCUGCACUUGGAGCUUCUUUGUCUUUUCUCCAAGUCUAAAGAACAAAUGCCUUUUAAAAAGAUUUGUAAUAAAACUUUUUUCAUACAAAUAUGUUCGAAAGAUUAGUGUGUGGCUACUAAUAAUUAUAUUUAUUGAAUAGUUAGGUAUCUGAUCUGUUAUCUACUACUAAAUUUAGUUUUUAAUGAUUGAAAGUGAACAUCUUAUCGACCCAAAUCAGAACAUUUUCUCCAUUAAAUAUCCUUCUUCUGAUUGGAUUCGUAGCUUUAACAACAUGGUUUCGUCUAUACUUUGCUAAAUUCAAAUACCAUAAUACUAUAUUCAUUUAUCGAAACAUCCAAUCUUAUUUUGGCAAGUUAUUUAGUGAAUGAAAUAUUUUUUUGGGAACUCAUACCCUAAUUUAGAAAGAUGAUAAAUUACAAACAUACAAUGUUGUCUGGUCUGUAAAGAUUAUACUGUAUAACUGUAGCAUAUAUAUGAAAUAUCAUAACGUCAAAUAGUCGCAAAACCUUAGAAUGGACUUGGAAUAAACUUUCAAAUCAUGCUAGCAAUUUAGACAUAACUGAAGAAGAAUAAAGAAAAUAUGGACGAGGAAAUAUAAACUUUCAAAUCAUGCUAGCAAUUUAGAAAACUGGAACAUUUUCGAUAUUAACGUGACUAUUGUCAGCACAUUGUAGAUUUCAGCCAUCAAGUGAUAAACAGAACUUAUUCUAAUAGCAUUAUUAUUACGGUUCCCUUGCAUUUAUAUGUGUGCUCCAUCAAUUUCACCAGUGAAGAAGCAUCCUCCACGUUCCCAUUUUUCUAAUCCACCAAUUUUAAUUCUUGUUCCAUCAGUCAAUAUACCAUAAACACAGAUGAGACGAUAAUGUUUGUUUAUUUCUUUGUUCCAAAUCCUUGGAAAAGAAGGGGAUUAUUUUCUUAUUCCAAACUAUGAAAUGUUAUUAUCAACUCAAAAAAUAUAAAUACGUGUUUUCCAGAACAUUUUAUGCCUCUGCAUGAUUCUCUAGUAAUCAAGUUACAUCAAUUCUCUUAUCAUGAAUAUAUGUCGUAGUAAACGUUGUCGUGAUUGAUGAAUGUGAUUUUAAAACAAUCAUACGUCACAUAAAUUAAUUAAGGACUGUGAUGUGUGAGUAAUGUAUGUUUUUCUGUAAACAUGGAAGUUGUAGAGAUGUUCAGAGUUCAUACCACCAAACCACCAUUUGCUAGUUGAUGUUUGACCUUAUAAAAUGUGUGGAAACAUAGACUUUAAAAUUUUUUUGACCAGGACAAUAUAAAAUCAACGUAAAACAUGCUUUCAGUUUCAGACCGAAGUUAUUUACAGGCAAAACGGAAGGUUCAUAGUUAUUUUUACACAUUUUAUCUAUUUAUAUGGCUAUUUUCUCUUCAAAAGUCACGACAUGUUAUUGUCAAAUUAAAACACAUAGUAUGUUAUAUAUAACUUCAGAUAAUUACUAAUGGUGAGUAGUGCUUGAACAAACCCUCACUUUGUCGUAUAUGGAACUUGUUGCUAUCGAGCGCCAGGUGGGAAGGGCACAAAUACUCAAUUCGGCAUUUGUAAUUUAAGCUUUUUUCUAACACCAAUUUAAGCUAUUCCAUGCACAUUUGCUUAUAUUUCAUGCAAAAUAGCAUAUCCUUCGCCAGUUCUCUCAUUUAUAAGAGAAUAUGCAAAUAUUUUAUUGAAAGAUAUGAUUUGGGUUAGUAUAUUUUCAUAUAAUUCUUAAAAAAAUAGUUGGUAAUGGUCACAUGUGGUGUAUGUUAUUACACGUGUAUAUGCAUUAUAUGCAUUAAUGAGUUCACUACAGUUGUAACCAAUCGCCAAUUCAAAACUUAAUCUACUUAUUAAAUAUAUGUUUAUUAUAUAUAUUCAAUCUUUAUAAAAUGUUAUUGCAUGUACACAUGCAUUGGUGUAAAUGGUUAUUAAAGCAUAGUUUACAAUUAUGCGAACUUGUAGCUCAUUUGAUAGUGGUGGUCGACUUUUUCUAUACCAAACACACUUUGUUAAUUAUUAUUUUCGUAUCACAUAUUUUUAUUAAUUAACUGAAAAUAUUGUCAACAGGCAAUCUAACUGAUUAACAUGACACAAAAUACGUACAAAAUACAUAUACUACUACAGUACUAUUUCGACCAUGACGAUUUACGAACAAGGCAAACUACAUUAUAUCUCCAACUCCUCUUCUGUGAAAUUAAGAAAAAAAGUAAAAAAACAAAAAAAAACGAAUUUUUGUUUCUUUCAAAAAUCAUGCGCUUUAGAACGCAUUUCAUUUUCCAAAAUAAUACGAUGCAUAAUCAUAGGCCUACUCUCUAGUCGGUUUAUCAAUCUGCUAAGAACCAUCAACACAACAGUCAACAGGUGAGAAUUGGGAGACGAUAUCUCACAGGCCGAAGUGCGACUUUGGGGCUCAGGCGGCAACCUCAUUAGAUGUUCUGCCACAUUAUCAUCAAUUAUUUUAUAUUUAUCAAAAUAGUCAAAUGUUGAAAGACAAGUGUUUUACGUCAUACAGAAAUAUUAUACUCAGUGUACAGAGGAAACAACUGGAAUAGAAUCAUAUGCUAGGGCACGGUCUGGUCAAUUAUAUUGAUAAUGAUAACUCUCGUUUCUCUCUAUCAAAUUAGUGGCUAAUAUCGCAAAGUUAAAUGCUUGAAAUUAUUUUAUAGGAAUUAUGCCAUAUGGCUUAUACUUUGUAGCUAUCAUCUAACAAAAUAUAUACUAUUGUUUUACCAGAAAAUUUGGUUUUUUUGUUUGAUUUAUAUUACUCAUGGAUACUCAUAUAUUUCUUUUUUUUUCAUCAUUUAAAAAAAACUAAUAUUGUAUCUAUAAAUAUGAACAUGUUGGUUAUGUCUUACCACAUUCACUAUCUACUAAAGAACUUAACAAGCUUCAAUUUCUUUCCCUUUGCUUAGUACUUGCAAACUUCUAAGUCCGAGAAAUCAAACUUCGCAUCACAACUAAAACAUUUUUUUCUAGUAAAACCAUGAUCACUGGAGAAGAUGUUUACAAGGUCAUUGAAGCAAUGGUUCCACUCUAUGUAGCUUUAAUCUUAGGCUAUGGUUCGGUGAAAUGGUGGCAUAUCUUCACUCGUGAUCAAUGUGAUGCCAUAAACCGUCUCGUUUGCUAUUUCACCCUACCGCUCUUCACCAUCGAGUUCACGGCUCAUGUCGAUCCAUUCAACAUGAAUUACCGGUUCAUCGCAGCCGAUAUCAUCUCUAAAGUCAUCAUAGUUGCGGUCUUAGCGUUUUGGGCAAAAUAUAGCAACAAUGGAAGCUAUUGCUGGUCCAUUACUAGUUUCUCUCUAUGCACUCUUACAAACUCUCUUGUCGUGGGUGUGCCAUUGGCUAAGGCGAUGUACGGACAAGCGGCUGUUGAUCUCGUGGUCCAAUCCUCGGUGUUUCAGGCAAUCGUGUGGCUCACACUCUUGUUGUUUGUGUUAGAGCUCAGAAGAGCCGGAUUCAGUACGAAUAGUAAGGAAGAAAAUAUUAAUAUCGAAGAUGGCAGAAAAGAUAUUGCGGUCGUCGGAGAGCAGAAGUCGUUCGUUGAGGUCAUGUCCGUCGUGUGGUUAAAGCUUGCAACGAAUCCGAAUUGCUAUUCUUGCAUCCUUGGGAUCGCAUGGGCUUUUAUAUCUAGCAGAUGGCAUUUUGAGAUGCCGGGAAUAAUGGAGGGAUCGAUUCUUAUAAUGUCAAAAGCAGGAACAGGAACUGCCAUGUUCAAUAUGGGGAUAUUCAUGGCACUUCAAGAGAAGUUUAUAGUAUGUGGAGCAAGCUUAACUGCGUUGGGGAUGGUCUUGAAGUUUAUUGCCGGACCCGCUGCCAUGGCUAUUGGUUCUAUCGCCGUUGGCCUCCACGGGGAUGUCCUCCGCGUCGCCAUCAUUCAGGCUGCUCUGCCACAAUCAAUCACCUCAUUCAUUUUUGCUAAGGAAUAUGGAUUGCAUGCAGAUGUUCUAAGCACAGCGGUGAUAUUUGGGAUGUUGGUCUCUUUACCAGUGCUCGUCGCCUACUACGCAGCUUUGGAGUUUAUUCAUUAAGUAAAUUUAAAACUGUUAUAUAUAUCAAUGGUUUUCUCUUAAUUAACUUUUUCGCUCUCUUUUUAGAUUUGGUCAUUCUUCACAACAUCUGUUCCCUUAAAGGGGAUUUUGAAGUGUAUUCAAGAUAUGGAAAACCAUACAUCAAACUGACUAAUUAUUGUUGAAAGCAUAUCUAUAAAUUAAUACUAUGAUUUUACUUUCCC